AUGAGGCCUAAUUUGAAUUUCUCUUUUUUUAUUUUCAUUCUUGCCAAGGUUGCUUUUCCUCUGGAGUACUGUCCACUUCAUUGCCAGUGUGACUGGGACAUCCACAGUGUGUCUUGUUUUGGUGCCGAAGUCAUGCCUGUUUUCCACUCCAGCACACAGGAGGUGUGGCUUAUGAGGACAAAGCUUUCUUCUGUUCCUCAGAAUGCUUUUGCCAACUUGGCUAAUAUAUCUCGUGUAUACAUCUCUGAUGAUGACACUCUUAGAUUUCUCGAGAAGCAUUCUUUCCACAACCUGUCCAGGGUCACACACAUACAACUGACUGAUAUGAAAACACUGUCCUACAUUGACCAGGAGGCCUUUAAGGAUCUGCCUAAGUUAAAAUACCUUGGGAUCAUAAACACAGGUCUCACUUCCUUUCCUGGGUUACAGCACAUUCAGUCCAGUCAAGAGGAUUUUAUUUUGGAUAUAGUGGAGAAUGUCUUCAUACAAGUCAUACCUGCUAAUUCUUUCACUGGAAUAUCUGUGAAUGCUUUGACCAUCAUGCUGAAUAACAACGGUGUGAAAGAGAUCCAGCACUAUGCUUUCAAUGGGAGCAGACUGGAGGAAGUGUACCUUCACAGAAAUGUGGAUUUGGAACGAAUAGAUGAAUUAGCAUUUUAUGGCGUCAUUCAUGGCCCAACUCACUUAGACCUUUCAGAAACCAAAAUAAGCUCUUUGCCUUCAAUAGGUAUGGAGAGCAUUGAAAAGCUUCAAGUUAAAAACACAUGGGCCCUCAAGGUACUUCCCCCAUUUAGAGCCUUUCUCCAUUUACAGAGUGCUGAACUAACAUUCCCAAGCCAUUGCUGUGGUCUUAAAAUGCUGAAAAGAUGGAGAGGGCACUCUGAGGCAGCUAUCUGCAACCUGACUGGGACUGCUUCAGGGAGGCUGCAGGAAUCCUUUGAAGCUCUCUCUCAAAGAUAUCUUGGACAUGAACUCUCCCAACAUCUGAUAGACAGCCUUGGUCUUCCAAGAACUGGCAGGACAAAUCACACUCCCAACAACAGCCUCAUUUGCCCGAGCAGACAGUCUGAGAAUGAAGGUUUGUUUUAUAUGGAAUUAUCUACGGAGCAUGCCGGUGAAGAUUUUGACUUUGUGCUAUGUAAUGAACUUCACACCAACAAUGGACUGUUAUGCACCCCACUGCCUGAUGCCCUCAACCCCUGUGAGGAUGUGAUGAGUCACAGCUUUUUGAGGGUCUUGGUCUGGGUGGUCAGUUUGUUGGCCAUUUCAGCCAACCUGUUGGUGUUGUUCAUCCUGCUGACCAGCAAACAGAAACUGUCCGUUACCCGUUUUCUUAUGGGUCACCUGGCAUUUGCAGACUGCUGUAUGGGGAUGUACUUGCUGCUUAUUGCAUCUGUGGACUUCUACACACGCUCCCAUUAUUACCAUUAUGCUAUUACCUGGCAAACAGGAAAUGGCUGCAGUCUAGCAGGGGUAUUAUCUGUGUUUGCUAGUGAGUUAUCAGUCUACACAUUAACUGUCAUCAGCUUUCAGCGCUGGCAUGCCAUCUUCUACGCAAUGAGGCCGGACAGAAAAAUUAGGUUACGCCAUGCAGCUGUGCUGAUGCUCAUUGGCUGGUUGCUGUGUGUGAUCACUGCACUGCUGCCAGUGGUUGGCAUCAACAGUUACCAGAAAGUCAGCAUUUGCUUACCGAUGGACACUGAGACAACUGUUGCUCGGACUUACAUUGUUUCUGUUCUUAUCAUUAAUGUCAUUGCUUUUAUAGUGGUGUGCUUAUGUUACAUCCACAUCUACUGUAUGGUUCACAACCCCCAGCAUGACUCCGGCAGAUGUGACGCCAGCAUGGCCAAACGCAUGGCUGUUCUCAUUUUCACUAACUUUCUGUGUCUGGCUCCCAUUUGUUUCUACGGUUUGUCUGCGGCUCUCCACCAACCGCCGAUGACGUUCACAGAUUUUAAGGUGCUGCUGGUGCUUUUCUAUCCUCUCAACUCUUGUGCGCACCCAUUUUUUUAUGCUAUUCUGACCAAAGCAUUUCACAGAGAUAUCCUGAUGUUGCUGAGCCGGAUGGGGCUCUGCCAGCAGCAAGCACACCUCUACCGAAGCCAACUUGUCAGUAUUGCUCCACACACAUACAGAGAGACUAUGUCGGCUUCACAUGCCAGUAUACUGUAG